CUUAUAGCCAUGGCAUUACUAGAGAGAGCUGUGGUUUUCUUGAUGAUGAUGGCAUCUUUUCAGGUUUCAUAUGCAGCUGUGCACAAGGUUGGGGACUCUGCUGGUUGGACCAUCAUUGGAAAUAUAGAUUACAAGAAGUGGGCUGCUACUAAGAAUUUCCAAGUUGGUGACACUGUUAUUUUCCAAUACAAUUCCCAGUUCCACAAUGUGAUGCGAGUGACACACUCCAUGUACAAGUCAUGCAAUGCAUCAUCAACCUUGACAACCUUCACCACUGGCAAUGACUCCAUAAAGAUAACAAAUUAUGGUCACCAUUUCUUCUUGUGUGGUGUCCCUGGUCACUGCCAAGCAGGACAGAAGGUUGAUAUAAACGUGCUGAGGGUUUCUUCAGAUGGAGCACCAACUCCAUCAGCAAUGGCCUCUCCAGUUCCAGUAGCCAAUAUGCCAGCACCUACUCCUAACAAUGCAGCUUCAUUGAUUGUUGUAAAGAGAGAUGUUGGUUUCAUGGGUUUGGCCAUGGCAGUCCUUGCACUUGCUUUUUCUAGCUAUGCAUGA